AUGACCCUCUCCAAGGAGUUUGAAGCGUCCCAGCAGACUAGCUUUCCCCUGGACGCAAAUGAGGUAGACGUUGUUGGAGACGACGAGCCUCUCCAUGGCCAGCUUCGUCUCUAUCGGACCGAGAACACCACCGAACCUAGCUCCUCCGCCGAGUCCAGCGCCGAACUGGACUGCUCUGAGUUCGACUCGUCCGGGGAGAGCGAGAACAGUUUCUGUGCAGACGCGCCUUCAUCGGGGAGACCACAGAACGGUUCUGUAAAGCCCCCGUAUUCCUACAUCGCUCUCAUCACCAUGGCGAUCCUACAGAGUCCUCUGAAGAAACUGACACUGAGUGGCAUCUGCGACUUCAUUAGCAGCAAGUUCCGCUACUAUCGGGAGAAGUUUCCGGCGUGGCAGAACUCCAUCAGGCACAACCUGUCACUCAACGACUGCUUUGUAAAGAUUCCGAGGGAGCCUGGAAACCCAGGCAAAGGCAACUACUGGUCUCUGGACCCCGCAUCUGAGGACAUGUUUGACAACGGCAGCUUUCUCCGGCGCAGGAAGAGGUUUAAGAGAAACCAACCGGAGUGUGUGAAAGAUGGACUCAUGUUCUACCCAAACUUCAGCUGUUACCGGCCUUACGUGCGACCUUACUGCGUCCAAGGCCAAGUGAGCGCACCGGCUGCCCCACUCCCGUAUAUGCCCGUUCAGGACGGGCUUGUGAUGCCACCUUCCUCCUACUUACCGUACCCGAGAAUAAGCAGCAGCGGUAAGGUUGUUUCCCCCAGAGACUUCAGAAUGCAACUUUACGCAGCAACACCUGCAGAACAGAAGCCUGCGCGCGAUACCCAGAUAAAGUGUUCAUUCAGUAUUGACAGCAUUAUGAGUAAAACCUCUCCUUCUACACCACAGAACACAAAUCCACAGAACUCCAACUCUCAUUGUUCUAUUGACUAUGGUAAUCUCCUCACGGGCCCCGCUAGUUGGUUCGUUCCGAGCCUGCAUCCAGCUCCAAGGACUCCAUUCUGCCCAAGUGCAAUGUUGAGCGCACCCCUUUAA